AUGAAUUGGUUAUUACCUGAAGAAAAUCUUGAUGACUUAUUCAACUCUAUCGAUUUACAAGACAUUGAUGAUGACAAUGAUGAUACCACCAUUGGUGAGGUAGAAGAUUGGAAAGCCAAACUUCAACACCUCGAGCCUCCUCCCAUGGAUGUCUUUACAAGUUUUCCCUCUGAGUUCACCUCCUCUUGUGGCGUUAACAAGCUUAGCCGUGUGGGGACAGUACCUGGUUUGAAACAGUCUGGUGCAGCAUCAGUUCCUGAUACCAAAAUCUCAAAGACGUUUCAGUCUUUAAGCCCAGUGUCAGUUCUUGAAAGCAGCGGCGCUUCUUUGACUUCCCCAGUGAAAGGCAUGAGAAGCAGGCGUAAACGCCCCACAACAGUGAGAUUCAAAUACCUUCACGAGUUUGAACUCAUUAAGCCUGAGAAGUUAACUCUGGUCGGAUCAGGAACAAGGACUUACUAUGAUUUUGAGCAACACGCCAAGAAGAAACGCAAGAUUUCAUCUAAAGUGGCAAGAAAAUGCACUCAUUGUGAGACAACCGAGACUCCUCAGUGGAGGGAAGGGCCCAAUGGGCCAAAGACACUCUGCAACGCUUGCGGUGUCAGGUUCAGAUCAGGACGUCUAGUUCCAGAGUACAGACCAGCUUCAAGCCCAACCUUCAUCCCAUCUGUGCAUUCAAACUCACACAGGAAGAUCAUAGAGAUGAGGAGGAAGGAAGGUGAUCAGUUCCAUACUAGCAUGAUUCAUGGAGUGAUAUCCACAGCAUAA